CAUACCUCCAGCUUUUACACCUUGAGUUCCACCCUACCGCGAAGUAGGUAGGUGCAAUAACUCUUAACUCUCGGCUUCCCUUCUCUCUUUUAACUUCUUUUUAUUCCUUCCUACUAUUUUACAACGCAAUUGAAUUUCAAUUGGAAACAACAUCUUAUCACAUGUCAACAAAAUACCAUCAUCCAUAAAUAUCCGCAUAUUCAAACGUUUCUAGAGGAGUAGAAAUAUCAAAAAAUCCGUUCUCCAUAAGCCCAUAAUCAUAAUGGGAGGAGACGACGCUCCCGAGGAGCUCCCUCAGCCCUUCAACGCAAAGCAACUUGAACCAGCCAAACGACGAAAGCACCCCGACUCCCACGACCAGCAUAACAACAAGCGCCGCGAAAACAACCCAGACCUAGAUGCCCUUCCCCAACCCUUCGACGCUAAGAAACUCGAACCAGCGAAAAAACGUCAGCGCUCGCGCUCCCCACCAUCCUCCGAAGCGCCCCGAAAGCUCAAGCGACCAGGCCGGGGCGCCCGGAUUUCACAAGCCGAAGCCUCGUCCAUCCGCCAGCGACACGAGCAACGCGAGCGCGAAGCCGCGGAUGUUGCUGCUACACAGGCUGUGCUUGAUCAACGCGGUAUCAACGACGUUGUGCGCCAGCACUACAAUGCGGUUCCCGAGCGAGGUCGCGAUUGGCGGAAGACGGAUAGUAGGAUUAAGGGGUUGAGGUCGUUCAAUAAUUGGGUCAAGAGCACAUUGAUACAGAAGUUUUCUCCGGAUGAGGAUCAUACACCUGGCGCUCAUGAGCGAGGACGCGAUAUGGCUGGGGCUAGAGACCACGAGCUACUCGUCCUCGAUAUCGGAUGCGGAAAAGGUGGUGAUUUAGGCAAAUGGCAGCAGGCGCCGCAGAGAGUGAGACUUUACGUCGGGCUAGAUCCCGCGGAUGUUUCUAUCGAACAGGCGAGAGAGCGGUAUCGUAGUAUGAGCCAUCGGGGCGGUGGUCGGGGUGGUAGAGGAGGUCAUCGAGGGGGCCGUCACCAUCAACACCUAUUUGAUGGGCGCUUCUUUGUGAAAGACUGCUAUGGUGAAUCUAUCGAAGAGAUCGAUAUUAUUCGACAGGUUGGAUUUGAUCAAUCACCCAUAGGAAGAAGCGGGUGGGACAUAGUCAGCAUGAUGUUCUGCAUGCACUACGCGUUUGAGAGCGAAGAAAAAGCCCGAACCAUGCUACAGAAUGUGUCUGGUGCACUAAAGAAAGGCGGACGCUUCAUUGGGUGCAUACCCAAUUCCGAUGUGAUCGGCGAGCGCGUCGUUAAGUUCAACGAAUGGCUCGCUAAGAAAAAGGCAGCGGAAGCCGAAAAGGAGAAGCACAAAGAGAAAGAGAAAGAAAAGGAGCCCGAACCCAAGGAAGAAGGAGAGGAAGGUGAGGAGAAAGAAGAAGGUGAAGAGGGUGAAGAGGGUGAAGCCGAAGAGACGGCGGAGUGGGGCAACGAUUUAUACCGCGUGCGUUUCCCGGGUAGGACUCCAGAGGACGGAGUGUUCCGACCACCGUUCGGAUGGAAAUACAGUUUCUUCCUUGACGAAGCAGUGGAGGAAGUGCCUGAAUACGUGGUACCUUGGCCAGCGUUCCGUGCCAUUGCGGAAGAUUACAACCUUGAGCUACAAUAUCACCAAAAGUUCGAUGAAAUCUGGGAGGCUGAAAAGGAUGAUCCCAUAUUAGGUCCUCUGAGCGAGCGCAUGGGUGUCCGCGAGCGGGGUAGAGGCCCGCUGUUGGUUUCGCCUGAGGAGAUGGAGGUUGCCAGCUUCUAUUUGGCCUUCUGUUUCUACAAAGUAUAAUCCGCUUUAUUGCGCACGGCAGGACUCGGCCUGAGUGAUUCGCGGGCGGCAACACUUAGGAUGAAUGCAUGAUUUACACCAACGCGUAGUGUGUUUCAGGCAUCCUUAUAUUACCCAGAUAGCAUAUGUAGUAUACAUGCUACGCUUCUAGAGAUGCCAAAUCAAUUGCCUACAUCAUGUUAAGGUAUCAGUACCAUUUAAUGAUUCGGACUAAAUAGUGCAUUUUGUUGCGUGGGUAGGUACCACUCUAUCUAUCGCAGGCUUACUCUACUCCCUGCUGACCGCCAUCUCUAUAACGUGUGAUACCUCAUUAUUUGUCCUAGAUUUUGUACUUACCGACCCGGUAAUAUUAGGAGAAUUUCCACCAACACCUUGACACCAAGGGGAACUCUCCCCUUGACGAUGCC